ACCCCGCACUCACACACACACUCACACACACACACCCUCCUCCCCGCCCCGCUCCGACCGACCGAGCGGUGACUUAAGCAACGGAGCGCGGUGAAGCCCAUUUUUCUCCUUCCUCACAGCCGCGCCGGGGAGCUCGCGGCGCGCGGCCCCCUGCCCUCCGGCCCGAGAUGAAUGCUGCGGCAGAAGCCGAGUUCAACAUCCUCCUGGCCACGGACUCGUACAAGGUCACGCACUAUAAACAGUAUCCACCAAAUACAAGCAAAGUUUAUUCCUACUUUGAAUGCCGUGAAAAGAAAACAGAAAACUCCAAAGUAAGGAAGGUGAAAUACGAGGAGACAGUAUUUUAUGGGUUGCAGUACAUUCUUAAUAAGUACUUAAAAGGCAAAGUAGUGACCAAAGAGAAAAUCCAGGAAGCCAAAGAGGUCUACAGAGAACACUUCCAGGAUGAUGUCUUUAAUGAAAAGGGGUGGAACUACAUUUUGGAGAAAUACGAUGGGCACCUUCCAAUAGAAGUGAAGGCAGUUCCUGAGGGCUCGGUGGUUCCCCGCGGAAAUGUCCUCUUCACAGUGGAAAACACAGACCCGGAAUGCUACUGGCUCACCAACUGGAUUGAGACUAUUCUUGUUCAGUCCUGGUAUCCAAUCACAGUGGCUACUAACUCUAGAGAGCAGAAGAAAAUAUUGGCCAAAUAUUUGCUGGAAACUUCUGGCAGCUUAGAUGGUCUGGAGUACAAGUUACAUGAUUUUGGCUAUAGAGGAGUCUCUUCCCAAGAGACUGCUGGCAUAGGAGCAUCUGCUCAUUUGGUUAACUUCAAAGGAACCGAUACAGUAGCAGGAAUUGCUCUGAUUAAAAAAUACUAUGGGACAAAAGAUCCUAUUCCAGGCUAUUCUCUUCCAGCAGCAGAACACAGUACCAUAACAGCUUGGGGGAAAGACCAUGAAAAAGAUGCAUUUGAACAUAUAGUAACACAGUUCUCCUCAGUGCCCGUGUCUGUGGUCAGUGAUAGCUAUGACAUUUAUAAUGCCUGUGAAAAAAUAUGGGGAGAAGAUUUAAGACAUUUAAUAGUAUCCAGAAGUACAGAGGCACCACUCAUCAUCAGACCUGAUUCUGGAAAUCCUCUUGACACUGUAUUAAAGGUUUUGGAUAUUUUAGGUAAAAAAUUUCCUGUUGUUGAGAAUUCAAAGGGGUACAAGUUGUUGCCACCCUAUCUUAGAGUUAUUCAAGGAGAUGGAGUAGAUAUUAACACCUUACAAGAGAUUGUGGAAGGCAUGAAACAAAAAAAAUGGAGUAUUGAAAAUAUUGCCUUUGGUUCUGGGGGAGCUUUGCUACAGAAGCUAACAAGAGAUCUCCUGAAUUGUUCCUUUAAGUGUAGUUACGUUGUAACCAACGGUCUUGGGAUUAAUGUCUUCAAGGACCCGGUUGCUGAUCCCAACAAAAGGUCCAAAAAGGGCCGAUUAUCUUUGCAUAGGACGCCAGCCGGCAAUUUUGUUACACUGGAGGAAGGAAAGGGCGACCUUGAGGAAUAUGGUCAGGAUCUUCUCCAUACUGUCUUCAAGAAUGGAAAGGUGACAAAAAGCUAUUCCUUUGAUGAAGUAAGGAAAAAUGCACGGCUGAAUAUUGAACUGGAAGCAGCUCCUCAUCAAGCUCUGUGUGUGUGUGUGUGUGAGUGUGUGAGUGUGUAGUACAUGUUGUUUAUUGUACAGAUGCGUGAAGUUUCUUUGUGUUUAAUGAUACAUUACAGCCAAAUUAUUUGUUGGUUUAUGGACACACUACCCGGUUUUUUUUUUGUUGUUGGUUUGUUUUCUUUUUUCCAGUAUUUAGGUGAUCUCAAAUUAGGAAACACGUAUAACCAUGUAAAAACUACUAAUGCUAAAGUAAGCUUUUUAGGGCCCUUUGCCAAUAGGUAGUAAUUCAAUCUGAUAUUGAUCUUUUCACAAAUAACAGAACUGAGAAACUUUUAUAUAUAACUGAAGAUCACAUAAAACAGAUUUGCAUAAAAUUAUCAUGAUUGCUUUAUGUUUAUAUUUAACUUGUAUUUUUGUACAAACAAGAUUGUGUAAGAUAUAUUUAAAGUUUCAGUGAUUUAACAGUCUUUCCAACUUUUCAUGAUUUUUAUGAGCACAGACUUUCAAGAAAAUACUUGAAAAUAAAUUACAUUGCCUUUGUCCAUUAAUCAGCAAAUAAAACAUGGCCUUAACAAAGUUGUUUGUGUUAUUGUACAAUUUAAAAAUUGUGUCAGGACAUAACUCUUUAGAAUCACCAACCUCACUGCCCUUUGUAGAAUAUGUAUUAAUCAUUCUACAUGAAAGAAAGUAAUGAUUCUUACUGGAAUGCCUAGGCACUGUACAGUCUUGGGUCAUUGUAUUGUACCGGUGAAAUGCCAAAUUAGAAAGGCCUGCACUGCAAUUUUAUAUGUCACAUAUUGCCUGUGGCUCUAUUAUGCACCUCGAGAUUUUAAGGAGAUAUGUUUUUAGAGAGAAUUUCUGCUUCCACUAUAGAAUAUAUACAAAAUAUAAAAUACUGACAAAAGUGGAAGUAGUGUAUUUUAAGAUAAUUACACUUUUGAAUUUAUUUUUCAUAUUGUAUAGUUGGUAUGAUUAAAUGAAUUACUGGAGUGGGUAGUGAGUAUACUUAUUUUAAAUGUUUGAUUCUGUUAUGUUUUUCAUUAAGUUUUUUAAAAAAUUAAAUUGGAUAUUAAAUUGUAUGGAUAUCUUUUAUUUUAAACCAGAUCCCUCAAAAAGUAGCUCUGAAGCAGUUUCUAAACAAAGUUUGAUUUCCACUUAGUAGCAUGACAAGUUUCAAUAAUAAAUUUUUUUAAAAAUAACUAAUAGAAAGUGUUCAGUAUCGGACCGCUCUGCCAGGUUCUGAGUCAGUCACAGGAGGGAGACUUGUUCUCUUCCAAGUGCUUCUUUCCUGUGUUGGUCUGUUCUUCUGAGGCACGAGUUGGCUCAUUGAGGCCUACUGGCCAGAUUUUGGACUGUAAGCAGAAAGUAAGUGAAUGUAACAGAUCCCAGACAGUACAGAAAACAUGGUCCUGUACACAAAAUUAUACAAAAGUUGCAGCCCCUCUUCUAAGGAAAAGAUUGUGCCUUGCGUUUUAAGAGAAAUGUUGGUGUGCAGGAAAGGCAGGCCUAAAAAAUUAAUACAAAGUGUUAUCUCUCUUCAAUCUUUUUAAGAAUCUGUUACCAGAAGAUUGAUUUAGAAAAGCUUUACAACAUGCCAUUAAAUGAGAAUUUUUAAAAACUGAAAAGCCAUAAGUCAUCUGUCUACAUAGUUACAUAAGAAGUUAUCAUUAGAAUUGGAGUCGAGUUAUAGACAUUCCCUGAGUGGCGUUAGGAGGAAGUUAGGUUUGUACAGAUGCUUCUAAACAGUUACUUGCAGAACAAUAAGCAUCAUUUAAUAACAACUAAGGACCUAAUUUUAAGCUGGUUUUCUUUUAUGUAUUUAAAGAUUAGUAGUAUUAAAAAGGUCACACCUUCCUCACACAGCGUGCUGAGGGGCUUAGAGUGAGAAGCCCUGUUUAUUCUCAAAAGCAACCCACCCACCAAGGUCUCUGCUUCAGUUUCUUGUGUUCUGUGUCACCAACUCUAAAAUACCUAGAGUAGUUUAAUCUUGAAUUGAGAAUGCUGAGAGCUGUACACUGGCACACAACCACAAAUUAGGAAAUGGCACCAGUGAGUCCUAUUUCUGUCCCUGAUCACACUAUUUGACCGGCCCCGUUCUAGGCACCGGUUGUUACAGGAACGUUAGCUGCGGCUCUGCUGUGUGCCACACCAGAGCGAGCCUGAUUCUUCCAGACUAAACGAAGUGGUAUGUGUGAGAUUCAGUCAGUAGAUUUGCAGUUGAGAUUAAUCCCCCUCAAGUCAUAAGAAUUUAAAUAGGAGUAGAGUUCUAUGUAAAAGUCUUAAUUUAUUUGUGCCAUGUACUUAGAAGAACAUGAUUUUUUAUGAGUAUCCUUUAUUUCCUUUCCUGAAAUAAAUUGUUACACAAGUUUUUAUAUUGAAAUCCAUCUUAGAAAAAUGACAAGGUAUUUAUUGUUUGCCAUAGUAAUUUAGAACUCAUAACCAAAUAUUUUGUAGUUUUACUUUCCUUUUUAACCCACUUACUGGAGAAUGUUAGUCUUUCUCCCAGGUUGUAUGUCAAAUCAGUUCUGAUAUGUACUCAACAUCAAAGAUAAACAUGUAAUAAACAUGGAAAUAAAGUUUAGCUCUACUAGUCAAAUA